UCACAAUACUCUUCUCCUCGAGUCAGAACCCUAAUUUAUCUCCGUGUUCUUCUUCUUAUUCUGGUUGCUCUGUAACAAGCGAUUGGAGAAGUUAGAGGCGAAAAUGGAUGUUGAAGGAGAAGAUGCAGCUAAGGUAAUCCACGUGAAGUUCGUGACGAAGCUUGACUCUCCGUUCGAAGCUCCUGUCAGACCCGUCGUUAUCCCUUCCAAUGUCACUCGUCUCGGUCUAUCAACCAUUGUCAACUCUCUUCUCACUCUCGAGAACACUGAGCCGUUUGAUUUUCUGAUCGAUGGGGAGCUUAUUCGAAUGUCACUCGGAGAGUUUCUUCUGGCAAAGGGAAUAUCGGCGGAACGAACUCUUGAAAUCGAAUACAUAAGGGCUGUGACUCCACGAAAGGAGGAAAAUCCCUCAUUGCAUGAUGACUGGGUCAGUGCGGUUGAUGGUUCUUCUCCCAGGUUCAUUUUGACGGGCUGUUGUGAUGGCUUAGGAAGGUUAUGGAGCUCUAGUGGAUCGUGUACACACGUUUUAGAAGGCCACUCUGGGGCAAUCUCCUCUGUUGCUUUUGUUAACUCCAAUGGUGCAGAAACUGUUACUGUAGCCACUGCUUCGAAAGAUCGGACAUUGAGAUUGUUUAAGGUUGAUACAGCUGAAUCUGUUGACUCUACUACAAGAGUUAGGGCUUACAAGAUAUUGCGUGGGCACAAGGCGUCAGUGCAAAGCGUUGUAGCUCAGAAAUCCGGGGACAUGGUCUGCUCGAGUUCAUGGGAUUCAACAAUCAGUUUAUGGCACACAAAUGAUUCUGCAUCAGAAGGCGAGUCAUUUGCAGUGAAGAAAAGAAAAGGGAAUAAUCAGGCCGAGGAAUUCCAAUCAGAGGGAGAGGCGGAGACUACAUUUGUUGGCCACACACAGUGUGUCUCAUCAGUUGUUUGGCCAGAGCAUGAUGUAAUUUAUUCCGCUUCAUGGGACCAUUCCGUAAGGAGAUGGGAUGUUCCGACAGGGAAAGAUUCUUUGAACUUGUUCUGUGGAAAAGCUCUCAACACGUUAGAUGUUGGCGGUGAAGGUUCUGCACUUGUAGCUGCUGGUGGCUCAGAUCCAAUCCUUAGAGUAUGGGAUCCUCGUAAGCCAGGAACAUCUGCUCCUGUGUUUCAGUUCUCUUCCCAUUCAUCAUGGAUUUCCGCCUGUAAAUGGCACAAAAGCUCUUGGUUUCACUUGCUCUCCGCUUCCUAUGACGGCAAAAUCAUGCUCUGGGAUCUCAGAACCGCUUGGCCUUUGUCAAUUAUCGACACACACAAGGAUAAGGUUUUAUCUGCUGACUGGUGGAAAGGAGAGAGCGUAGUCAGCGGAGGAGCAGACUCUAACCUUCGAAUUUCUUCCGGAAUCUCAAUUUGUUAAAAGAUGAAAUGUGGAACUCAGAAACGCCAAGAUCAUUAACGAUUCUCGAUCCUGGAAUGAGAGACUGUUGUAAGUUCUGCUCGAGAAAGAUUACUGCUUUUAAGGUUUCGUAUGUUAUUCAUAUUUCGAAAUUUUUGAAUCUUAAUUUUAUUUUUAUUGUUUAAUACCGAUAGUUAAAGAAAGUUGUAUUUG